AAAAGCCACUUUCUCUCUCUGAUUAUUCUUAGAAGACUCUUGCACUUCGGGAAACAAACAACACAUGAAAGACAGCUCCAUUUUAUUUUUCUUUUUUACACUAUUUUCCACUUCCAUAUUUUCAGAUCAGACUUUGAAUACAUUAAAUUAACUUACGCUCCUUAAUCUUUCACGAUCCUUAGAUCAUACAACAACAAGACAAAAUUUUUAUUAAAAAGAUUCAGAAACAAACAAUUAAAAAAAAAACACAAAACCUUUGACUUUUCACCCAAAAUCAUGAAAUUGAGAUCAAAACAGCAAACCCCAUUUGAAUUCUUGAGUGUAUGAUGGAGAAAAAAGCAAUCUUGGUUCUUUUGGUGCUGACACUGAGCCUAAUCAGUGGCCAAGAACCAAAAAAGAUUGAAACUUUAAAGGCACCAUAUAGGAUCCACACUUUAUUUUCUGUAGAAUGUCAAAAUUACUUUGAUUGGCAAACUGUAGGACUUAUGCACAGUUAUAGAAAGGCUCAGCAGCCUGGACCAAUUACAAGAUUAUUGAGUUGUACUGAUGAAGAGAGGAAGAAUUAUAGAGGAAUGGAGUUGGCUCCCACUUUUGAGGUUCCUUCUAUGAGCAGACAUCCCAAAACUGGUGAUUGGUAUCCAGCAAUAAACAAACCAGCUGGAGUUGUUCACUGGCUUAAAUACAGCAAAGAGGCACAAAAUGUUGAUUGGGUUGUCAUACUGGACGCAGACAUGAUUAUUCGAGGUCCAAUUGUACCAUGGGAGAUUGGGGCAGAGAAAGGGAGGCCUGUUUCGGCGUAUUAUGGGUAUUUAAUUGGAUGCGAUAAUGUUCUUGCGAAGCUGCAUACAAAGCAUCCCGAACUUUGUGACAAGGUUGGUGGGCUAUUAGCUAUGCAUAUAGAUGAUCUUCGAGCUUUGGCACCACUAUGGCUUUCGAAGACUGAAGAAGUACGAGAGGACAGAGCUCAUUGGGCAACUAAUUAUACUGGUGAUAUCUAUGGAACAGGGUGGAUCAGUGAGAUGUAUGGAUAUUCAUUUGGUGCUGCGGAGGUAGGACUCCGGCAUAAGAUUAAUGAUAACCUGAUGAUAUAUCCUGGAUAUAUUCCACGAGAGGGUGUUGAACCUAUUCUUAUGCACUAUGGCUUGCCUUUUAAUGUCGGAAACUGGUCAUUCAGUAAACUAGAACAUCACGAUGAUGACAUUGUCUAUAAUUGCAGUCGGCUCUUCCCUGAACCUCCUUAUCCCCGAGAGAUAACGCAGAUGGAACCGGAUCGUAACAAAAGGAGGGCGCUGUUUCUGAAUAUAGAGUGCAUUAAUACCUUGAAUGAGGGCCUUUUGUUACAGCAUGCCGCCUUUGGAUGCCCUAAGCCAAAGUGGUCAAAGUAUCUAAGCUUCUUAAAGAGCAAAACAUUCGCUGAACUAAGUCGGCCAAAACCUUUGACUUCCCAAAGUCGGCAGAUGAUGGAGGUUGAAGUUCAUAAAGAAGUUGAUAAUGCGCCUGAAAAGCCACAUCCAAAAAUUCACACCAUUUUCUCUACAGAAUGUUCACCUUACUUUGAUUGGCAGACAGUGGGGCUUGUCCACAGUUUUUACAAGAGCGGUCAGCCAGGGAAUAUUACGAGGCUUCUAAGCUGUACAGAGGAAGACUUAAAGCAAUACAAAGGCCAUGAUCUAGCUCCCACCCACUAUGUCCCAUCCAUGAGCCGACAUCCAUUAACUGGAGACUGGUAUCCGGCAAUCAACAAACCAGCCGCAGUUCUUCAUUGGAUGAAUCAUGUGAAGACAGAUGCUGAAUACAUUGUGAUUCUAGAUGCCGACAUGAUUAUGAGAGGACCAAUAACACCAUGGGAAUUCAAUGCAUCUCGCGGCCAUCCAGUUUCAACUCUCUAUGACUACCUUAUUGGCUGUGACAACAUACUUGCAAAACUCCACACUCGCCAUCCUGAAGCUUGUGACAAGGUUGGGGGUGUGAUCAUAAUGCAUGUAGAUGAUUUACGUAAAUUUGCGCUGCAGUGGCUGCACAAAACAGUGGAGGUCCGACUCGAUAGAUCUCAUUGGUCCAAGAACAUAACAGGAGAUGUCUAUGAAGCUGGGUGGAUUAGUGAGAUGUAUGGUUACUCUUUUGGUGCUGCAGAGUUGAAUUUGCGGCACGUCAUAAGCGACGAGAUUUUGAUAUACCCGGGAUAUGUUCCUGCUCCUGGUGUGAACUACAGAGUUUUCCACUAUGGCUUGGAAUAUAGGGUUGGUAACUGGAGUUUCGACAAAGCAAACUGGAGACACGUUGACUUGGUUAACAAAUGCUGGGCUAAGUUUCCCAGUCCUCCUGAUCCAUCGUCACUUGAUCAAAGUGAUAAUAAUUCCCUGCAGCGCGACUUGCUUAGCAUAGAAUGUGCAACGACAUUGAAUGAAGCUCUUCGUAUACACCACGAGAGAAGAAAAUGCCCCGAUCCUAACUCUAUUUCCACUACCAAUCAGGACACAACCAAUGAAACUAGAACCAAUGAUGAUGCAAGUAGAACCAAUGCUGAAACUAGAACCAAUGAUGAUGAAACUAGAACAGAUGCUGAAACUAGAACCAAUGAUGAAACUAGAACCGACGCUGAAACUAGAACCAGUGCUGAAGCUAGAAUGGCUGUUGAAACUACUACUUCAAGAAAGUUCGGAAAAGUUGACAACGACGUUCGGGGCUUGAGGCAUGAUGAUGUGCCCAAAAAUAAUUCUCAGCAAUCUUCCCAGCCUGACACGUCAAACGGGACGUUCAGUUCCAUGAGAUUUUGGAUCAUGGCAUUGUGGGCGGUUUCAAUCUUCGCCUUCUUGGGCGUCAUGUCAGUCAUGCUUAAAGGCCGUAAGGGAUUGAAAAAGAGAGGUAAAGGUUACAAGUCUAAGAGAAGAACUUCGUAUUCUGGUUUCUGGGAUACGAAUGGACAGGAUAAUAGGCAUAUACGCAAUGCUGAAACAGCAUAGUAAGAACAUGGUCAUUCACGGACAAAGGUCCGUGAAGUUAUCGCUUAGCUGAGACGAAAACGUUUCUUUUGUUCGAGUUAGCAAUUGAGUCAUCUGCAUUGCUGGAUGGAAGAUGUUUUGUGAUGCUCAAUUGAUUGAUUAUUGUCUUUGGUUCAACAUAACAUGAAGCUGGUAGUUUGCAACAAAUGCAUACUAGGACCAUUGCUAGGGACAAACAGAAGGUAGGUAUAACUUCAGAAACAAAGUUUUCUUAGUCUUGCUGUUGUUUUUUUCUUUUUCAGAAAAAAAGGAUAGUUAAGUUUCUUUUUUAUUUAAAAUAAUUACAAUAUUCUUUUAUAUUGUAAUUUCUGCACCUGUAAGUUUCACAUCACAAGUAUAAUAAGUUUCAUUUCAGGUUGUGUUGUUUCACAAGUAAUGAGGUUUAUCAAAAGGGAACUACUUUUGUUCUG